ACGUCGCACCGACACAAUAUCAAAUCAGAUAUAUAUAAUGUAUAUUAUUAUUAGGAAUAUAUCGUAUUAAAUUGGAAUCAUCCGUAUGUUGUUUUUUUACAAUGUAAAGUGAUAAACAUUUUUUUGAAAUAAUUAGACAUUAAUAAUCGAAGUGGAAAUAUAUUGUAAUACUUCUCUUGUUUAGAAACACGUAUAACGCUAGAGAAUGAUAAAUGCUUUUUCAGAUUAUCUAAAUAGAUUUCACCGUAAUUAAAAUGGCCGAAGGUCGCAAAGUCACAGUAUCCGACAUGGAUAAAAAACGGCAAAGCUCGUCUUCCGUAGAUGAAACUGAGAAUCAACCGAAACCAGGGCUCUAUCGCACAUUUAGUUUGAAAGACGUGUGGAGAAAUAAGAAGAAAAUUCCCAGAGGAAAUCUGGAAAAGGAGUUAGUGAUCUGUAAAGAAGAAUUAUCAGAAUUGCAAAUAAAAGUAGGAGAAGAACAACAAGCAGCUGAGAAAAAUAAGAAAAGGUGUACAAAUUUGCAGCAACAACUUAAAGAUGCAAACGAAACAAUUAGGCGUUUGGAAGAGGAAAAAAGAAAAGCAAUAGAUAGCAAAAAAGAACAGUCAGAAAAGAUUGAAACGAUUUUGCACAAUAACCCUUAUUACGUGUAUAUUAUGGGAUCGAGGAAUGUACAAAUAGGUGACGACAACACAAUUGUACAAGAUGAAGGCAAUACAGAACAACUGGUCGCCGAGUUGGAGGAACUGACAAACAAGCUAACAUCUGCAAUACAGACAAAUACGCAAGAAAGAGCGGAAGAUGAAAGAAAGCUUAGGAAUUAUGAUGUUAUGUUUAAAGAGUUCAAUAAAGGUCUAAACAUACUAAAGGAGUCGCUCAAGACACUUGACAAGAAUACAUUCAAAAAGCAGCUCAGUCGUGACAGAGAACUUCUUGAAGUCUUGACAUCGGAUCGUACAGAUGAAAACGUCAUAACCGACGGCAUUAGGCUUCUUAGGAGAUUUAUAAAUGAAAAUAUGGAUAUAACUGAUCUUCCGUUACAAACAGAAACUGCGAUAACAAGACUGGUUAACAAGUUUGGGAGCCUCAAGUGUGACUGUCAGAAGUUUGCUGAGAUUCUAGAAGUUGACUUGUCAAGAUUAUUAUCUGAACCUAACGAAAGUAUGCCUGCUCUUGAACACUAUUCAGAACUUGAUAGCAGAAUGUGCGAAAAUAUUCUGGUCCACUGGAUGAAAAAGUCUCGAGAUAAUGACGCUAAGAAGCUUUUAGAGAAAAUCAUGAUUUAUGAAUCGAAAAUAUCUACAGAAAUGGUCAAGGAAUUUGAAGACGAAACAAUCGGUUUACAGCAAAGCGUAUCAACUCAGAUGCCUUCUUUGACGCUGUCGGAGAACUCAACAGGUUCAAUCUAUAUACCUUCCGACAAUAUUUACAGGGGACAAAGCCUACAGGGACUUCCAGAUAGGCGUUCACAGUUUAUGCAUCAGCUUGAAGGGCUUAAAAUACUCGUAGACGUUCAACAGAAAGUAAAUGAUAUCCAUGGAAAUAUGUUCAGAGUCACAGAAACUAGACUGUGACCUAAAAUAAUUCAAACGGUAGUUAAACAGAUUCUUAAUUCUUUUGUGUAUAGUAGAAUUAAUUGGAUUACUAGUUCAAUAGUGCUGAAAAAAACAACAUAAAAACAAUACAAACUAGAGUUGUCAAAGGAGUGACGAAUUAUACCCCCACAAUACGGCCUUGUCACAGAACUAAAACAAUGUCAAAGCAGAAUUUGCUUGACCUUUGACCUACUGACCUCAAAUUCAAUAGGGGUCAUCUGCUGGCCAUGAUCAACCUCCUAAUCAAGUUUUAUGAUCCUAGGCCCAAGCGUUCUCGAGUUAUUGUCCUGAAACGGUUGAAAUAUUCCGGGUCACUCUGACCUUUGACCUUUUGAACUCUAAAUUAAUAUGGGUUAUCUGCUGGUCAUGACCAACCUCUCUAUUAAGUUUCAAUAUCCUAGGCCCAAGCGUUCUGAAGUUAUCGUCCGAAAAUCGUUUAACUGUUUCGGGUCACUGUGAUCUUGAACUGUAACGUACCGACCUCAAAAUCAAUAGGCGACAUUUGCUGGUCAUAACUAGCCUCCUUAUCAUUUUUCAUGAUCCUAGGCCUAAGCGUUCUAAGUUAUCAUCUGGAAAAUGUUCAACUCUUCCGGAUCACUGUGACCUUGAUCUUUGACCUACUGACCUCAAAGUCGAACUUGACCUGUAUUUUAUGAUGUUACACCUGUGUACAAAAACUUAUGAUCCUAGGCCAAAGCAUUCUCAAGUUAUCAUCCGGAAAACGUUUAACUGUUUAGGGUCAUUGUGACCUUGAACUUUGACCUACUAACUUCAAAGUCGAACUUUGUGUUCCAUGAUGUUACACCUAAUUACCAAAAUGUCUGAUUCUAGGCCAAAGCGUUCUCAAGUUAUCAUCAGGAAACCGCUUAAAUGUUCAGGGUCAUUGUGACCUUGACCUUUGACAUACUGACCUCAAAACUGACCGACAGACUGACCGACAAGCCCACUCCUAUAUAUCUCUCCCCCCCCCCCCCC